AUGUAUCGUGAUGUGUGUUUGGUACGAAAUUUGACCGUUCUGCGUUAUAUUUCACGUCGUUGGGCUGCAUCAAGCAGUAAUGCUUCACACAAUCAACACGGAGAUGAUGUACAAGUGGAACGUAAAUCAAAUGAUUAUAGUGAACGAGAUUUAUCAACGGCUGAUCAAAGCAUACAAAACUGUGCUCUAUCGAAAGCUGCUGCUUGUCGUUGGGCAGCUGAGUUCAGACAGGGUAAAAGGCCUGGUUCAGAUUCGUACGCCUACGAUAACCCGUGGCCAAAGUUGAAUGGUGGUCGACUGGAUUGGCUCUUCGGUGAUGGUUGGCGCAGGCCUUUAGCAAAAGACCAAGGCGCUAAAAUGCGUCGUGAGUGGAUUUGGUUUAGUCAGAUAGCGUACGAUGAGCACAAAGAUUGGUUACGAUUCCAUCAAAUUGCAUUCGUUCUGUUCACUGUUUUGACCACGUGGUUCACAUGUUGGAUUGUUUUUGCUAAGCCUGAUUGGCCAAAUGGACGUGAAUGGGCGUUGCGUGAGGCACAUCUCGAGAUGGCACGUCGUGAAAAAGCUGGUCUACCGUACAUUAGUAAAGAUCUUGUAAGGGCCGACAAAGUGGCUGCAACUUUGCCAUCCGAAGAAGAAUUACGAGAUUUCGAUAUUUUGAUUUAA